AUGUGGAAGAAAAGGAAACGUUCCAGUAGAACAAUAUUUUCAAGUUUAGAAGGCAGUGUCGCAAAUUCAACAAGGUCAGAACGUUGCUGUGUAAGGUUUUGGGAGACGAGAGAUUGUUAUGGUGAAGAAUCUGAAAAGAUUCCACUUCUCGGGAGUAAUUCAGAUAUACUUAACAAUGAUCGAUGUUACGAUACUUAUGAAGAGGAUCAGACAAAUGUUGCAUUUACAAGUCGCGAAUGGACUAUAAUACCAGCACAAAAAGAUGAAGAUGUCACUGGUAUAGUAUACCAUGGUACUGGACAAGACCAAAGCGACAUUCAAAGGCUUAUAACAAAUUUUAAAAUUAAUAUUGCUUUUCUGUGGAAGUCUGUUCGUCGUUUAAAGGCCUUCAGAUAUUCACCCAACAUGCCAAUUGAAGAGGGUCAAGUAUAUGGACCAGCACAGAAAGAAAAAGAUGUUAUUAAUAUGGUUAAUUACGCUAAAAUAUUUGAUAAAGACUACGCAGAAAAGCUUGCCUCUGAUGAACUGAUCAAUAGCGCCCGACUAAAAAAAACAAUACCGAGAUUGAAACCACAACCGUCUUUUUACGUCGCUGGUCCUCGUGGUACAAAUGUGUCAGAUGUUGACGUAUUGAAAGGAUCUUCAUGGAUACCAACUUGGGGUAUACGGAAAAGAAGUAGGAUAAGAAAACAGAAACCAUCGAAUGAAUAA